AUGCCACGACAUUCUCAUUCUAGAAGUCGAUCUCGUUCCCCGCAUAAAAGAAAAAAACAUUCACACAGACAUGAAAGAACCCGAAGUCGGGAACGUACUAAGGAUGUUGCAAGAGAAAAAUCCAGAGAUCGAAGUCGCAGUAGAGACAGACGCAGCGGGCGUGAUAAAGAUCGUCACAAAGAUGAUAGAGAACACAAACGUUCUCGGCACUCAAAGGGUGAUGUUGAAAAGGAGGUUGCACAGUUAAAGGUACAACAUUCAAAAGAGAGUGAAGACAAAAAAACACGAGCCGUUAGCUCAGUAGACACUUCCACUUCACAAGAAUCUAAAAUUGUCGCGAGAUCCUCAAGCACCGCCUUACUCGAAGAGCCUCGAAAUAAUGUGACUGGGGAAGGUGCUAAUGGAGACUCGGACACACAAAUGCAAGCUGCAAAUCAAAAGUCGGUUGAUUCGGCUACGUCUGCGACAGUGGCAGCCUUACUUGAUCAAGAAGAAAAAAUUAGGCAAAGAAGAGAACGAGUUGAGCAAUGGAGAAGAGAAAGGGAGGCUGCAAAAGUUGCUGAAGAAGCAGCUAAAAUAAAGAUGGCUGCUGAUACUAGUCAAUCGACAACUGUUACUAAUGAGGAAAUGCAACAAAAUCAAAACAAAGGUUGGACAUUGGAUGAUGAAGAAGAAGAUGAAGCAAUGGAAGUAGACGGUGCUCCAGAAACUGUGGAUUUGAUGCCAAUACCAAAACCAGUAGAUAAAAUUGAUUCAUUUCCAGUUAGAAGAAAUCCUCUGCUCGGACUUGGAAGUAAAAAAACCACUACAAGUACUAAGGGAAAGGCUAAAGCAGGGCCUGGUGAAGAUGAAGAAAAAUCUUCAACGCUGUCCACGAAAAUCCAACCCUCGACGGACUCCAGUGAUCAAUCAAUGCAAACAAAUAGCAUAGAGGAUGAGGAUCCAUUGGAUGCCUAUAUGAAAGAUGUUGAAGUUGAAGUGGAAUAUUUGAAUGAGCAAGAUAAAAAACCUAAAAAGCUUAAGAAAAAAGACCUAGCUGCAGUAGAUCACACACAAGUCAAGUAUGAGCCUUUCCGUAAAGACUUUUACAUUGAGCCUCCAGAAAUGCACGACCUAACACCUGAUCAAGUUGAUCUUAUUAGGGUUGAAUUAGGAGGUAUCAAAAUUCGGGGAGUUGAUUGUCCGAAACCAAUUCAAAAAUGGACUCACGCUGGAUUACCCGCAGCAUGUCUGCAUGUAAUAAGAAAAUUAAAUUUCGAAAAACCAACUCCAAUCCAAUCUCAAGCUAUCCCUGCUAUCAUGGCCGGCCGCGAUGUUAUAGGCGUUGCCAAAACAGGAAGUGGUAAAACAAUAGCAUUUCUCCUUCCAAUGUUUCGGCAUAUCAAGGAUCAACGCCCACUCGAGCAAAUGGAAGGACCUGUUGCUAUAAUUAUGACACCCACGAGAGAAUUGGCGGUGCAAAUACAUAAAGAAUGCAAGCACUUUUUAAAAGGAUUAAAUCUUCGAGCUGUAUGUGCUUAUGGAGGUUCACCAAUUAAAGAUCAAAUUGCCGAACUUAAACGCGGAGCUGAAAUUAUUGUUUGCACUCCAGGACGCAUGAUUGAUCUUUUGUGUGCAAAUUCGGGGCGAGUUACUAAUUUGAAGCGUGUUACUUAUCUGGUAUUGGAUGAAGCAGAUCGGAUGUUUGAUAUGGGAUUUGAACCUCAGGUCAUGAAAAUUGUCAAUAAUGUCAGACCUGACCGUCAGACAGUGCUGUUUUCUGCAACAUUUCCCCGUCAAAUGGAAUCUCUGGCUCGUAAAGUUCUUAAAAAGCCACUCGAAAUCACAGUUGGUGGGCGCUCUGUUGUUGCCCAGGAUGUCACCCAAAUUGUUGAAGUACGCGAAGAUAAUACUAAAUUCGUUCGUUUACUCGAGAUAUUGGGACAACAAUAUAAUGAUGAUCCUGAUGCCCGAACUUUAAUAUUUGUUGAUCGCCAAGAAGCUGCAGACAACCUUUUACGUGAUCUAAUUCGCAAAGGUUACCCAUGCAUGUCACUGCAUGGUGGAAAAGAUCAACUAGAUCGAGAUAGUACUAUUGCCGACUUCAAGUCUGGGGUAUGUCAACUGUUAAUUGCCACAUCUGUCGCAGCACGUGGCUUAGACGUGAAGCAAUUAAAGCUUGUCAUCAACUUUGAAUGUCCAAAUCAUAUGGAAGACUACGUACAUCGUGUUGGUCGAACAGGAAGGGCAGGUAAUAAAGGUACUGCAUAUACAUUUAUUACUCCUGAGCAAGAUCGGUAUGCUAUGGACAUCGUUAAAGCGUUGAAAUUAAGCGGAGGGCACGUGAGCCCGGAACUGCAGCAGCUUGCUGAUGGUUUCCAAGAAAAAGUCAAAUCAGGUAGCGCUACAUAUUCUGGUUCUGGUUUUGGAGGUAAAGGUCUUGAAAGAUUGGACGAAGCUCGUGACCUCGUUAAAAAAGCUCAAAGAAAGCAACCAAAGAAAGAAGAAGUUAAUAUUGGUUCUAGCGUAAUCACCUCAAAGAACGUAAUUGCACUUCCAACAUCCGCAAAUGGGCAUUCUGCUGAUCCAGCUGCACUUGCUGCUCUCAAAGCUGCACAGGAAGCCGCUGCUCGUGUUAAUGCAAAGAAUGUUGGAGCGAGCGGGGUCCAGAGAGCAAAAGAUAUAAUCGCAGAUAUCAAUGCUCGUUUUAAAGAAAAUUCUGUACAGGGCAAUGUUGCAGAAGCAGAUAAAACAGAGAAUACUGCCGAAUAUUCCGUUGAAAUAGAAAUCAAUGAUUACCCACAAAAAGCAAGGUGGAAGGUUACUAAUAAGGAACAAAUUUCACAAAUAACUGAACUCACAGGAGCUGCUAUCACGACACGCGGUACCUACUUUCCACCUGGUCGUCAGCCUGCACCUGGGUCUGGUGAAAGAAAGCUUUAUUUAUUUGUUGAGGGUGAAAACGAAUAUGUUGUUGAAAAGGCAAAGAAUGAAAUAAAAAGAAUAUUGACUGAGACUACAUUAAGUGCUAUAGAAGCUGAGGCUCGAAAUCCGGGAAGUACAUCUUUGGGUGGAUAUGGCAAGUAUUCGGUUGUUUAA